AUGAAGCUCACUACCGUCUGCACGGCAUUGUUCGGCUUGGUUGCUUCUGUUGCUGCUCUUGAUGCCGUGGAGGCCUACGGAAACAAGUUUUUUAACAAGAAUGGAACACAAUUCUUUGUAAAAGGCGUUGCCUAUCAACUUGUCCCCGAUGAUCCCCUCGUUGACACUGAACAAUGUAAACGGGACUUUUCUCUCAUGAAAGAAUUGGGUGUCAAUACAAUCCGAGUCUAUCACGUUGAUGCCAAAGCUAAGCACGAUGGGUGCAUGAAGGCUUUGGAUGAUGCAGGAAUUUAUCUCCUUGUUGAUAUGGAUACCUUUGACACGUACAUUGAGGCUAAAGGACUUUACUGGAACUCGACUCAGUAUGAAAGGUACUCUGAAGUCAUGGACGCCUUCCACAGUUACGACAACGUGUUGGGAUUCUUUGUUGGCAACGAAAACAUUGCCAAAAAGGACGAUUCCCCAGCCGCUCCUUUUCUCAAGGCCGCUGCUCGCGACAUGAAGGUCUACCGGGACAGAAAAGGCUACCGUACUAUCCCAAUUGGGUACUCCGCCGCGGAUAUCGUGCAGCUUCGCCCUAUGCUACAGGACUACCUCACGUGCGGUGGUAAUUCGUCCGAGAUUGUCGACUUCUUCGCCCUCAACUCCUACUCCUGGUGCGACCCUAGCACAUUCGAAACAUCCAGCUACGACAAGCUACAAGAGUAUGCCAAAAAUUUCCCCGUGCCAAUCUUUUUUAGUGAAACAGGUUGCAACGUUCCCGGUCCCCGGUUAUGGGAUGACCAAGACGCCAUCUUUAGCAAGCCAAUGAUUAACGACUGGAGCGGUGCUAUUGUCUACGAGUGGAUUCAGGAACAGAACAACUACGGCUUGAUUUCCUAUGGACCUAAGGUCGACGCUUCCCAACAGGGCCAAGACGUUGUUGACGGCUUCACUCGCAAAGGCAAACCGACCCCAAUUAGUCCCGACUUUAACAACCUCAAGACUAAAUGGGCGAGUAUCCAUCCCACCGGUGUGAUGAAGAAGGACUAUGAUCCCAAAAAGGUGUCGACCCGGGCUUGUCCGACGUCAACUGCAGGUGGAUGGUGGCAAGUGAAUGGAAAUGUACAGUUGCCAACGGUUGGUGAGACCUUGACGGGCACCUUUACCAGUCAAGCCAGUGCCACUGCCGACCCAUCAGAUAAGCCUAAACCUACCGACAACAGCAAGGGUGGCAGCGGUAGCAGCAAUGGCAAUGGUAGCGGCAAGAAGGACGAGGACAAUGCGGCUACCCACGACAGGCAAGUUGCCGCCGCCGGAGUCAGCAUUGCGGCUGUUGUGUUGCUCUUCGCUCUGGUGCUGUAA